UCUUAUCCAUCAUCAUCAAUCACAGAUGCUAUUUUAAAACCCCCCAUCACCGCUAUCUUCAUCUGAUCAUUAGUCUUUACUUUGUAAGUUAGUGAAUUUAAAGGACUCUACUUUGCUGAUGGAGGAUUUUAGUCUACCAAAAGAUGCCCUUUUUCUUGGAUUUGAUAGCUCUACACAGUCAUUGAAGGCCACUGUGUUGGAUUCUAACCUCUGCAUCGUGACAUCAGAAAUAGUUAAUUUUGAUUCUGAAUUGCCACAUUACAAAACCAAAGAUGGUGUAUAUAGAGAUGCAUCAGUUAACGGCAGAAUCGUUUCUCCUACCCUAAUGUGGAUUGAAGCAUUAGACCUCAUUCUUAAAAGACUUAAAGAUUCAAAGGAACUCGAUUUCAAGAAAAUUGUUGCUGUUUCGGGCAGUGGGCAGCAACACGGCAGUGUGUAUUGGAAGAAGGGUGGUUCCGGGAUCUUAUCAUCUUUGGAUCCUAACAAGCCUUUGAUUGAUCAAUUUGGUCAAGCAUUUUCAACGAAAGAAUCUCCUAUUUGGAUGGAUAGUAGCACUACAGAACAAUGUAGGGCUAUUGAGAAGGCCGUGGGUGGUGCAUUGGAGUUAUCUACACUGACUGGAUCUCGAGCGUAUGAGCGGUUCACUGGUCCACAGAUACGAAGGAUAUUUGAAAUCCAACCUGAAGUUUAUAACGGUACGGAACGUAUCUCGUUGGUGAGCUCGUUUAUGGCAUCUAUUCUUAUAGGAGGAUAUGCCUGCAUUGAUUAUACGGAUGGUGCUGGUAUGAAUUUGAUGGAUAUCAAGGAGAGAGCUUGGUCAAAGCAAGUUUUAGAGGCAACAGCUCCUGGUUUGGAGGGAAAACUUGGGAAGUUGGCUCCUGCCCAUUCAGUUGCAGGCAUUAUUGCUCCAUAUUUUGUUGAGAGGUACCAAUUCAACAAGGAGUGUUUGGUUAUUCAAUGGUCUGGAGAUAAUCCCAACAGCUUGGCAGGAUUGACCAUUAACACACCAGGGGAUUUGGCAGUCAGUCUGGGCACCAGCGAUACUGUAUUUGGGAUAACAAUGGACCAUAACCCAAGCCUAGAAGGACAUGUUUUUCCAAACCCUGUUGACCCUGAAAGUUACAUGGUUAUGUUAUGCUACAAGAAUGGGUCUCUAACUCGUGAAGAUAUACGUGAUCGUUGUGCGGAUAAAUCAUGGGAUGUUUUUAAUCAGUCCUUAAAGCAAGCUCCGCCCUUAAAUGGUGGAAAGAUAGGUUUCUAUUACAAGGAUCAUGAAAUACUCCCUCCCCUCCCAAUCGGUUACCAUCGAUAUAUACUGAAAAAUUUCAAAGAAGACACAUUGGAUGGCAUCAUUGAACAUGAAGUAAAGGAGUUCGAUUCCCUUUCCGAGAUUCGAGCACUUAUUGAAGGUCAAUUCCUGUCCAUGAGAGGCCAUGCAGAAAGAUUUGGAAUGCCAUCUCCUCCAAAACGAAUAAUUGCAACAGGUGGGGCAUCAGCAAACCAUGGCAUUUUGAGGGAGCUAGCUAACAUUUUUGGAUGUAAUGUCCACACCGUGCAAAGACCAGAUUCGGCUUCAUUAGGUGCUGCAUUGAGGGCUGCCCAUGGUUGGCUGUGCAAUAAUAAGGGCAGUUUCGUGCCGAUUACUUCCAUGUAUAAAGAGAAGUUAGAGAAGACGGCUUUUGGAUGUAAACUUGUUGCAACAGCUGAAGACGAUAAACUCGUUGCAAAAUAUGCGCUUUUGGUAAAGAAACGGAUGGAGAUUGAAAACCAGCUUGUUCAUAAAUUAGGAAGAUGAGAUCCAGUAUGAGCAUUUGAUUAUAAUGAAGUUCUGUUUUAUGUAUAGUUCAGGUGGUUCUUUAGAUGCUAGUAAUAAGCCCGGUUGAAUUUAGUGAAAGUAAUAGAAAUUUGAAAGUUAACAGAAUCA